AGGCCCGGCUGCAGGAUGGAGGACGGGAAACCCGUGUGGGCGCCACACCCCUCAGACGGGUUCCAGCUGGGGACCAUCGUGGACAUCGGGGCCGACAGCCUCUCCAUCGAGCCCCUCCAGGGGAAGGGCAAGACGUUUGUGGCCAACAUCCUGAUCGCCGUAAACCCGUAUUACGACAUUCCCAAGCUCUACUCCCCGGAAACCAUCCAGAAAUACCGGGGC